GAGGUGGAGAGGGGAAAAAAAAUAAUAAUAAUUAAGCAUUGAACAACAACCAUUCAUGACUGAGCUAAAGUGGGUGUGCGAUGAAAGGGGGAUGGGCACCUCUCCCUCCCGCUAAAUGAUCAAGAACUUAGGUAAUCUGUAGGAUAUGUGGCAAGGCUUCCCGGGCGUUUUUAACUCAAGACUGGGGUAAAGCGUGUCGAAACACCAUUAAUGAUAGCCUGCAAACAUGUUUAAUGACAUAAACCAAACAUAUUUAUCCAAUGUGAGGUUUCAGAUCCCCUUAUAACAGCCAGCUGCGUCGCUGUUUUCUUGGACACAUCCGCUGCCAUGAUGAUCCUAAAAGAAAAGGCAGGGCGCCUCGGGAGUGACGAGCACCAUCUUAACAGUGAACACCGUCAAAGGUUUACAUCCCAGCAAUACAGGCGGCGAACACGGAGAAAACGCGCCACAUGUCUCCGCUGCAACAUUAACGCAAACGAGCACAAGCUGUCAAAGAUGGUGCAGAAAGAUGCAGAACAAGAAAGUGAGAUGAGGACUGAAAUUCAGCAGAUGAAGAAGGAGCAGUCCUCCAUCAGCAUGAUGGAUGAGUUUGCAAGAUAUGCCAGGCUGGAGCGCAAAAUUAACAAAACUACGGAUAAGCUUAAAACACAUGUGCAGUCCAGAACAGCUCAACAAGCCAAAAUGAAGUGGGUUGUGAACAUUGUCUUUUACAUACUGCAGGCUAUUCUAAUGGUUUCACUGAUAUGGAAGUACUAUUCUGAUCCAGUGACCGUGGUCCCCAGUAAAUGGAUCGCCCCUGUGGAGCGACUAGUAGCUUUCCCAACCGGAGUGGCAGGUAGUGGCGUGGGAAUCACAUGCUGGCUGGUGGUUUGCAACAAAGUGAUCACACUGGGCCUUAAUGCCUUCAGCUAGAGAGCUGCGCUGUGACUCAGAAACGUCUGCUCGUCUUCUUGAAAUGAAUGUUCUGUUUGGUGAUUAUUACGAGCAAAAAGCUGCUGCUCCGCAAUUGCAGUAUUAUUUAUUGUUAUUGUAACUUUGUGUUUACUAUUUAUGUUUAAUGUUUUGGUUUCUUAUCAAUGGGAUAAAAAUGUGUUUUAAAUUGUGACAUUUUCUUUUUAAGAAAAGACGAAUAAAGAAUUUAGUAUUUUUAUUUGAACUUUUCCAAAUUGGGAAAUAUCCAGCAAAAACAACUCAGAUAAUUUUUGUUCAGUUAUAAUCAGCACAGUAGAUCUGCACAGCCGUGCUUUGUCAAAAUAAAGCACAACAUGAACACUAAUAUUUAUGGAAUUUAUUACAACAAAAAAACAAUGCUUUCAUUACCACAAUGGAAUUUUGUUUACAGGUUUAUUCACAAAAAUGGCAGCAAGGUGUUAUAGGUGGUUAGCCGAAAGGUUCGCUGUGCAAGUUCUGAACUGACUGCUUAGACAUGUAGCUCAUUCUGUUUUGUUUAGAAGUGUGCAUUAACUCUUCUGCGACAUUGUUGCAUUCAGGGUUGUUUCCAAAUCGCAGGUCAUUUCCAUCUUCUGUGUCUGUCUUCUAACAGCUGUAAAGCUUCUAAAGCCUCGGUUUCUUUGACCCAGUUGCUCUCAGCUUGGUGUUCUGGCUCUGUUCUGGGCUUUCUUCCAAAUAACUUUUCUCACUUGUAUUUUCUUAGAAAAACACGUUUCCUGAGAUGACACAUUCAAUUAAAAAAAAAAUAUUUUCUG